CCGACAGUGAGUGAGAGAAAUUUUUAGUUAAUGUCGAGUCAAGUAAAGUUUUGUGUGUUCGGUGUUGUUUGUGCUUCCGUAAUAAUUUAUGUAUUAAAAAUAAAUAAUAACUACUUAAUGUAAUGAAAGUGUUUUAUUUUUAUUAUUUUAUAUUAUUUAUAUAAUUAAAACAUAUAUCUGGAUAUAUAUAUGUUGAUUCAAAUCUAACAUUGAAUUUUAUAAAACACUGCUAUUAAAACCUUUCAAAGCAUUACUAACAAAAAUUACAUUUAAAAAAAUAAAUAUUCAAAAAUAAACAAAAUUUAUUUAAAAAAAGGACCAAUAUUUUGAGGAUUACUCCGAAAAUAAAAAAUUGAAUAUACUUUCAAAAAAUGAGUUCUAAUAAUGUGAAAGCGUUAUUUGCGUGCUCACGGUGUUUCUCCAGACAUCCUUUUGAAGAAUUGUCUCCUGGCCAACAGCUGUGCAAGGAAUGUCGUGGUUCAUUUCCUGUGGUUAAGUGUACAUACUGCAGAUCUGAAUUUCAACAAACAAUAAAAGGUAACACUUGUACAAUUUGCAAGAAAUGCGAGCAAAAUGUUAAGGCUUAUGGUAAACCAUCGGCUUGUGAAUACUGUAAUACUAUUGCGGCAUUUAUUGGUAGCAAAUGUCAAAGAUGUACCAAUUCGGAAAAACGUUAUGGUCCACCAGUAACUUGUGAGCAAUGCAAACAAAAGUGUGCAUUUGAUAGACAAGAUGAAGACAAAAAGGUUGAUGGUAAACUACUAUGCUGGCUUUGUACAUUGUCCUACAAAAGAGCACUGGCUAAAACAAAACAAUCGGAUGCAGACAGAAGAGCACAUUUGAAACUUGCACAUGAUCGUGCUACUAAACACAAGGAGCAAAAAUUAAAAGGUCAUAAUAAACGGCCGCAUCGUGUUGAUGUCACGAAGUUGCCUCCUCAAACAGAAUCUCCAGAAGUAAAUGGACCAGCACCAAUAAAAGUUGCACGAAUGGUUGGAGUUCAUGAUCCUCAUGAUCCGAAUAGUUCUGACCACGUUGUUGCUGUUACACAGCUCAAAGAGAAAAUAGCUCAUUUACAAAAACAAUUAUCGCUUAAAGAUAGUCAAUUACUUACCAAGGAUAGACAAAUAACUGAUUUAAAAGCUAAGAAUUUUACCGCGGAAGCCGAAUUACGUAAUAAAAUGAAAGCUACUGAAAAAGAAUAUGAUAGUAAAGUAGCAACAAUGCAGUCAAAAAUAUCUGGUCUUUUGAAAGAAGUCGCUACUUUGUCGAAAAGUACGAAACGUGCUGACCGAUUGGCUGCUACGAAAAAUGAGGCUAGUACCAAUAGUGGAAGUGGUACAGACAGUCCUAUACCUUGAUAAGGAGUUUUUUUAGAUGAAACAACGUGCAUAUUAAAUGUCCAACUUAUAAAUAUAAAUAGCAAAUUUUUUCCAUCUUACAAAAUACGAAAAAAAAAAACUGUAUUAUUUUUAUAAUUAUCAAUAAGAACAAAUUAUCCUCAAUGUUCCAUGAGUAUCAUCAUUAUUCGAUUUGAUAUUGAGGAUUAGGAUUAAAAUAAUAAUAAUAAUAAUAAUCAGGGCAAUUUUAAAUAUUGCUUUAAAUUAAAUUUGUGUUGUAGAAGUUUUUGUUUGACCAAGAAAAAAAAAAACAAUGUCCGUUAAUUAGUAUCAGUCUUGAUUGUAAAAAAUAAAAUUGUAAUUUGACGUAUAAUUUAAACGUUAUGACUUUAACAAAAAUAUCAAUGAAACAAAAUAAUUUAAAUACUAAUAUGAUGAAUUUUCAUACUUGUAAUAAUUGUAAAUUUAUGAUUCUAUGUGAAAUUUUGGUUAUUGUAGAGAAACUUUUCAAUAUAAUUUAUCGAAACUGGAAAACUUCUUUAUUUUCUUUUUAAUCUCUGCUACAAAACACCCGUGUAAAAAAAAAUUUUGUUCAUCAUGAAUUUAGAUCUGAAUUUCACGAAACUCAGAUCGUGACACAAAAAUGACUUUCAUCAUGAAUUUGCUCUAAGUUUUCGUCUAGUAAAUCCGUAUCAAUUAUAAAAUUAAUUUAUUGCGUCUUUGAAUUGGACUUCGAUAGAAACUUGACUGAAUUUUUACUAUUUUAAAUAUUUUGUAAAAUUUAUCGCUGUAGAAAUUACCUAAAUUUCUUGUGUCAAGUAAUCAGUUUACGUAAAUCAAUUUCGAGUGUAAAAUUAAUUUAGUGAAUAAACUUCAGAUCACGAGGAUAAAAAUUUGACUCAUAAUUUCGUCGUGAUUGAAGUUUUUGAUACGAAUUUAUGAUGAAAGUCAUACUUUUAUCACGAUCUGAGUUUCAUGAUGAAGUUUAGAUCUAAAUUCAUUGUGAAUAAACAUUUUUUUUACACAGGUACAUCAAAUUUAAUAUUAUUCCUUUCCAUUACUUAUAAUAAUAAUAAUAAUAACGAGCAGCAGUCAGUACGUGACUGCCCAAAUAUCACCACUAAAUUUAUAAAACACGCAGAAGAAAAGGAUUUCUUGACGCGAAAAAAUUAUAACGACAUUGUAAUAAGCAAAUUGUCUAACUCCAUUUCAGAAAAUCUUCCAUUUGUGCGAAAAAAAAGUAAUUUCAAAUUUUUUUUUCAUCUAAAAAUCAAUUCCAUAUCUAGUAUAUGUAUAAUAUUUUUGUCUAGGUUACUCAAAUAAUAUUUUUUUUGACUAUUACUAUCUGAAAAUUGCACAGAAUCACCUACUAAAAAAUAUUAAGUUAGACAAUUUGCUAAUUAUAACGUCAGAUUAUUAAUCUGAAAUAAUUGCAAUAUUAUUUUCUCAUUCAAUUUAAUUAAAAACGAGCAACCAGCAGUCACCAUGUGACUGCCCAAAUAUCACUAUUAAAUUUAUAAAAUACGUAGAAAAAAUGGAUUUCUUGCCGCAACAAAAUUUUAAUUUGCACCAAGAAAUUUUAUGCAUGAUCAAUUAAAUACAAAAAUUGUCUUGGGGCGAGAAAAUAUUUUUUUGGUCAAGAAAUAAUUCCUCACACCAACUAAUUUUUUCUAGUUCUAAAUAAAUUUUUGUUUUCAAUUCACAAUGCAAAAAAUUUAUUGGGGUAAGUCAAAAUUUUCUUUAGGCGAGCAAAGAGUUUUUGUGUCAAUGAAUCCUUUUUUUUUCUAUGCACACUUUUUUGGCUUUGAGAGGCUUCCUAAAACCAAAAGGGAGUAGAAAAAUCUGUCAUUUUGGAGUAAGCGACGCGAUAUAAAUAACAUAGCUAUAUAUUCAGUGACAUUCAGUCAUAUUUACUGACAGAAUAAUAAAAGUAUUAAUUGAUUUAAAGAAAAUAAAUACGAUCAUCUUCUUUCCCGCGUAAUUUAAAUGUAAUUCGAAUGAUAUAGAUAAAUCUAUUUAUCUCAAUAUUUGAGAAUUAAAAAGAGUUUAAAGUAUGUGUUGGAUUCUCUGUACAAAAAUCAAUCUUUAUUCUUAUAUAUACUUUAUUUAAUUAUUUCUCUUUACUAAAUAUUCUGUUCGAAAUAUUAUUUCGAACAGUGCCGCAUUUAAGUCGUAGUAUAUAUAUUUGAGUUGAGUUCAAAAUGUGUAUAUGUUUACUUAAGGAAAAGAAAGCUAGCAUGGAUCAAAUUUUAUGACCUUAGGUACUUGGGUCGACGAGAGAUUCCAAGUAAAUGCAAGGCAAUAUGUUUUUCUUCAUUUGCACUCAUAUAUAUAUAUUUUGAACUUAGAGAUCUUUGUUAUACAAAAAGAGGAGAGGUUGGUGGACCUCAGUGUUAAAUAAUAUUAAAAGAAUAAGUUAGUCUAAGCUAAAUCUCUUACGAGUGAAGACAUACCCUAGAGCGCGUAUUUUUAAUAAAAGAUAUAAUAUUCAUUUGUUUAAUAAAUUGAUUUGUUUCAUUCACGAUUACCAUACCUAAAUUCCCAACAGUAUGAAAAAGCACAAAUUCAAGUCAAGACCUAUCUAAUCAUACCUAUUUCAUUAACAUUAACUAAUUCUAUCAUAUAGAUAUGGCGGGAACAAAAUUUUCCUUAUUCUCUUAAUAAUAUAGUUAAUAAUAAUAGUAAUAAUGAAAAGACAUGAGUUAAAAAAAAAAUAUGAAACAAUGGUACGCACAUGUAAUAUCCAACAGCCAUAUAUUUAUUUUAUUUUUUAUUUUUAAGAAACAAAUGCUAGUUGAGCAUUACCUAUUCGAUAAUUAUAAUAUAUAUAAAUAAAUGCGUAACAAUUUUUUGUUUAAUUUAAAAAAAUUUUUUUUUUUAUUUUCUCGUUUACUAUUUAUACGAAGUGUAAGGAUAAUUAACAUUUAAAUUUAAUAGAUUUUA